CAGCCCAGGUGACCAGGCCCUCUUCCACCACUGUGUGAGUCACCACCUGUCUCCUCCACCCAGGCCUGAGUGUGGCCGAUCAAGAGCCCAUGAAGCAAAAUGGAACAGAAGGAGCUACACCCAACAGAGCAGGUGGCUGGAGGAGCGGCACAGGAAAGCCUGGGAGAAAGCUGAUUUUCUAUUCGGAUGUGUCUGGCAGCAUCAACCAUACAGCUGCAAACCAGGAUCGAUUUCAGAGCUCACGGCCUGGCCACACGUGUCAGACACCUAUGAACUUCUCAUGGAGACUGUUCACCAAGAAGCAUGAAGACAGCGCAGGUGACUGGAGGUGGCUCCCCAGGUACAUAUCCAUUUUUAAGGCAACUGUAAAAGAUGACAUGCAAAAAGCUAAAACUGCAAUGAAAACUAUGGGACCAGCAAAAGUUGAAAUACCUUCUCCAAAGGAUUUCCUAAAGAAACAUUCAAAGGAAAAAACUCUACCACCCAAAAAAAAGUUUGAUCGGAACAUGCCCAAGAAGCCUGCUGUGCCAUUGAGGACUGAUCAUCCUGUCAUGGGAAUACAGAGUGGAAAAAAUUUUAUAAAUACAAAUGCAGCCGAUGUCAUCAUGGGAGUGGCUAAAAAGCCUAAACCAAUUUAUGUUGAUAAAAGAACGGGAGACAAGCAUGAUGUUGAGCCUUCAGGACUAGUUCCAAAGUACAUCAAUAAAAAGGAUUAUGGUGUCACACCUGAAUACAUAUGUAGGCGAAACGAGGAACUAAAGAAAGCCCAAGAAGAAUAUGAUCGCUAUAUCCAGGAAAACCUUAAGAAAGCAGCUAUGAAAAGGCUCUCCGAUGAAGAAAGAGAGGCGGUUCUGCAGGGGCUGAAAAAGAACUGGGAAGAGGUGCAUAAAGAAUUCCAGUCCCUCUCGGUCUUUAUAGAUUCCAUACCAAAGAAGAUCCGCAAGCAGAGGCUGGAAGAAGAAAUGAAACAACUGGAACACGACAUUGGUGUAAUUGAAAAGCACAAAAUUAUUUAUAUUGCCAAUAAGUAAGAAUGGAUCUUUAAAGUAUAGCAAUUUCAAUGCAGGGAAAAAAAACAUGGAAAAUAUAAAAAUAAAACUCCACGUUUUUCAAAAAGGAAAAUACUAUGAAGAUAAUAAAAAUAGACUUAAUCAGAAUGCUUAGGCAAUGUGCAAAGAAUAAUUGAGUUAUUCACUUACACAAGAAGAAAUUUUGUUUUUACUAGUGUCACCUUUUCCACAUAUAAACUAUUACAUUUGAGAAUAUGUGUUCCAGUUCCACAAUGUAAUUCAUUAUUAUUACAUGUUUCACAUAAACAUUAAUUUCUAGGUACUGAAAAAUAAAGUCAGCACUCAAAACUUCACUUUUUUUUUCCUGCAGUGCAUGAUACCAACAGCACAACUUUGAAAACUGUUAAGUAUUUUGAACUGGAAAUGGUAACAUGUGCCUUCUUACUACUCUAAGUGUCUCCAACACAUUGUUUCUGAACUCCACAAAUGCAAAAGAUGUAUUUUCCUGUGGCCCAUGACAUUUGCAGUUAUUCCAAGUGAUAAAUAUUUUCAGUAUUCAUAACACUGUAUAUGAUGAAAGGCUUCUAUUUGGAGGAAGAAAAAUUAAGAAGAUAACUUACAAAAUCAAGACUACAACUUGUAAAAGGCAUCACUGAGGAUGAUUAAGGAGAAUAGCCUCCUUUCUAGCAUACUAACUUCGAUAUUCUUGUUUUAUUCCACAACUCACUAUGCAUAUCUUAUUUAAAUGUUUUUUUUCCUUUUGGUCCUUUCUACUUAUCUAUUUUAUGAAUUCUAAAGUUACAUUUGUAAGAUUACAUAAUCUAUUAAGCAAUAAGUUUAUGUUAGUAGAGCUGUUUUCAACCCAAAAUAAGAAAAAUAGCUCUAAAUAUCUAGGAGGAAAAAGUUAUUUUAUGAAAUUUUAAAUUAGAAAAAUUGGGUAAAAUAUAUGCAACUAUAAAAUAUCAGAGAAGUAACCAUUCCUACUACUUACACUGGUUUUUAUCCUCUGGACAACAUGAAAAACAAAAUAUGGGAGUCUUUCAAGCUUUUUUUGCAAACACAGAAUUUGGAAGCCUUAUAGAAAAGCUUAUUUUGGCUACUUAAAGAAAAAUAGUUCACAUACAAUUUUUUUGAAGAUUCACUUGAAACUUGUCUGUAUGAGUAUCUUUAUUCCUUUAUUAACUUAGGGUGGAUAUAAAAUAAAGGAUAAUAUAUGAUACGUUCUCACUUACCAAGAAUGGUUGGUUGCUAUUUAGGGUAGGCUAACAGCUGUGAUAGUACACUCCAAAAUGUAUAAUUACAUAAACAUAUAUUCAAUUCUUGCUAACAUAGCAGUGCUUUGCUGUGAGCAGGCCAGCAGGAACCCUUUUCUGCAGUCACUCAGGGACCCAGACUUACAGAGUGGGUAGGAUGCACCUGAUCCAGAGUUAGGGAGAGGCAUGUACAGGCCAGGCCUAGAAAUGAUGCAUAUCAUUCCCGUUUGCAUCGCUAAGUAAGCAACUUAAGUUACUUUAACAAACUAACUCCAAAUCUCAGUUGCCUGAUACAGAUACAUUUUUCAUGUACAUCACUGUGCAAUGCGACCAAGGGUGGGGGUAUAACUCUGUUCCCUCAGUCACUCAGGGGCCCACUCUCCUUUUGUCUAGUGGCUCUGUUGAUCCAGGCAGCCUUUCUCUGCCAGUUCAGGAUGAGAUGUUUAGGUAAGUAUUUUAUUUGUGAAAUGAUUGCUAUACAUACUCAUUUUUAAAUAAUUCAAAAUCGGUAGCAAUGCAAAAAUAUUCUAAUUACUUUAGCCUUAUGGAUAUUAUGCUUUGAAGUCAUGAGUGGGAGUUGCCUUAAAUGUUAAAAUGAAAACUUUGUGGUUUUAACAGCUAAUUCUUUUGCCUUCUGUAAAUGUCUACUAAAGAAUCUAGACUUUUCUCUAUGGUCUACACUGUUGUCCUAGAUGGACAUUGUUGCUUUUCUUUCACACAGCCUUCAGAGUGAAACAUUCCCAUCUAUUGUUCCUGGGAGGGUGAUCCCUACCAUGGGAUCCCAACUUUGGAUAAAGCCAGUUCAACCUCCCCCAAUCCAUACACAUAUAUACGUGGGUCAUCCUAUCACCCAGAAGAGGGACAAACACCUGACUUGGACAGCUGGCCAGUGACUGAUCAGAUUCUCUCUCUCUCUUGAGAGCAUGAAUUAAGAGACAUGGAGACUGCAGUCACUUGGGAGUAGACACCUGAAACUAAAAAGUCAAACUUCAUUAUGCAGCUAGUUUGACUUGGUUUCUCUUCCUGUUCAAAGGAAGAAUGGGUAGAAUAAAGAUUUGAUGUGGUCUGGCCCCUUGUCUGUGAUCUUUUUAGCUUGAUUUCUUGAAAUGCUGCUUCUUCCCUACCCAUUGUAACUGGCAUUCCGAUAGUACUGAGGUACUAGAGGCCUCCCAGAUCUGCACACAUGGUUCCCUCUGCCCAGAAAACUGCCUUUUUCUUUCUCUCAUCCUACAUAGCUGCCUGGCAAAUCCCUAGUCUUCAUCAGCUCACAUCACAUUUCCAUGACAAUCCUCUUUGAUUCCUCAGAAUCUGGUCUUCCUUUAUGGCACUGGUCAUAUUGUAUUGUGCAUAUCUGGUUAUUUGCCUGUUUUCCAUGAAAUUGCAAGCUUGUGGGGGAGAAGACACUGUGUAUCUUUUCAUCUACAUUCCUUAGAAUCUGCAGGACAGCUGGUAUAGAGAAGAUACUCAAAAAAUCCUUAAUGAAUAAAGUAAUGGACCGUACCCAAACA